CAAAUUUAAUCCUUUCGGACUCCAACCUGAGUCAUUUAUCUCCUUCAAUUCUUACGACGAACUCUUCUCACUAAGAACAUUGAAAAAUGAGUGGCUCCGAUAUUCGAGUGGACAUAAACCUCUACAACCCCGAGGACAAGUCUUCCUCAAUUUCAAGUGUUGUCCCACUAAAGGAAUUCGUCAUUGAGGGGAAGAAAUUGUCUGAUUUACGAAGGGCCUUGAUCGAAAAGGGUGGUAUCGAUGCUAGCAAAGUUGGAUGCUCGUUCUGCAGUUCUGCUGGAGCCCAGGUCAAUGACAGCACGUCGCUCUCAGACUAUUUAAAUAUUGUUUCGGAAGGCUCAUCGGAGAAAGAUGAUGGCACGAACACUAACAAGGUCCAUGCGGUAUACCUGAAAACUAAAUCGAGAAAAACAGACCUAACGGACGAGACCAAGGAGUUUCUCAAGAAGGAGCUGAACUUAAAACUUAGUGAUAAGCCGGAGCUUUUGAAAGUAUCUCUCGACCAGCUUACUAGCUCCUUUGACCGAGCCAACUGGGUCGCAAAAGCCGGAGGUCCCAGCACUAAUCCUGCAGAUAUGUCAGAAAAGGAGUGGAACAUUGUGAUCCGAAACAACGCCCUUACCAGCGCUCAUCGUUUGGUUUUCUCUAACGGCGGCCAAGACCUCGAAGGCAAGGAAACGCUCAAAUUUCGCCGUAUUGAACGUGCUCCCUACAGUGCGUUCAUCCUCAAGCCCAGAAAAUUCCAACCCUAUGAAAUGUCUGAUGCAGCUGUUAAGGUCGAGCAACAAUUUCACAUUCCCCGCUUUGUUGUUAAUGAUGACUCCUACGUUGAUGCUUUUGAAACCCAGUCGUCAGUUUCGACAUCCAUGGCCCGCAGCUCAUUUUCUUCCAUCGAAGCUCAAGCCUCGGUAGGAGGAGGAGCGUUUGGGUUCAAUGCUGCUGUAAGCGCAGGCUUCUCGCAGCAAGAGAGCAAUGCUUUGAGUUCCAAGGCCACAGCUGACGAGAAAACUAUGAAUAUCACAUACAACUUUCCGAGGGUUGUGAUCCAUCUAGAUCAUCAUUCUCUAGACCUAUCAAAUGAGUGCAAGUCGGACAUUGAGAAUGUAAAGGAUGUCAAGACAUUGAUCGAUUUCCAUCACAAAUAUGGUCAUUUCUUCGCAACUAGAAUCGAGCUAGGCGGGCGCUUGUUUUCUUCAGAGAAGUUCACUACGCUGGGCUCAGCAUCUGAAGCAGAAGCCACCAAAGCAAUGAAAAUCGCUGCAAACGUAUCGUUUUCGUCCUCAUAUGUGGCCGGAUCUGCCAGUUUUGGGAAGGAAAACCAGUCGAACUCAGGGGAUAGCAGUUCUAAUAAGAGUAUGUCGAGUUCAGUCUCCUGGCAAGCUCAGGGGGGCAAUACUCUACUCUGUAAUAGCCCUCCAGAAUGGUGUCCUACUGUUAGCCCCUUCCAGAACUGGAGGGUCAUUAAGCAAGAGGAUGUAGUUUCUCUUGGUGACUUCAUCAGCAUGAUACCAGGAUACGAAGGCACGCGCAAAAAGUUUGAUGAACUCGCUGUUUCAACUAAAAGAAAGGCAACAGUGAGCUUCAAGUUAAGACUGACCGACUGGCAAAGAAAGAAGCGCAAUGAGCCGGAAUACGUUACGUUGUAUCAUGCCAGUCCUUUGAAGAAUGACUUUAAGGAUCAUGUGGAAGAUAUCAAAGAGAACGAACUCCCGACAGACCUUCAGAAAAUCAUAAAUAAUGGACACAAGGGCUGUAAAAUGGACGUCGAAAGCGCCGACAAUGUAUUUGACAUUGAGGUUGAGACCGUGCUCAACCAAGCUCCUCAGAUUGAAUUUGGCAAACGCUACAAGCUUUUCAACCGCCGCAACGGCCGUUGGCUAAAAUACCAGACUCUCAACAUCCUCGGAAAUGAGCACUCCAUCCUCGUAGGGGGCUACGGGGGCGAAGCCACACAUUUCGAGUUCAAAGACGGUGACAGAUCCGGCCCCAUCCGGGCUAAUGACUCGCUGUCCUUGUGUGUGUACGAUUCCAAAGGUGAGUACCAGGGCCUGCUGGCUCUGGCAUUCGGGCCCAAUAUGCGGCCCCUCGGCGCGAUGCGCUACUCCCCCCAGAAUGAGAACCGAAUUCGGUUUCUGUCGUUCCAACCGGUCGAGCAAAGGUUCGUUCCGAACGCUAUGUAGAUGGUGAAUUUCAUUAUUUGCUGAGAAAGUGGACUUGCAUCUUGGUCGCGGUCGCAGCAUUGAGGGGUAAUAGGAUUGGGUUGCAGCGGCAGGAUUUCCGCGGAGGAUUCAACAUCAGAUUCAACAUAAAAUUGCAGAUUGUAUUUAAAUUUCAGUUCUAGUAAUCUCAUUGGUCAUUUAAUUCAAUUCAAUUUCAACCGCUUUUCA